CAAACGUCACAAACUCCUUUUUGACAAUCCACUGACAGUUCUUUUUAUUAUUUUUCCGUUCGUGUCGGUGGAAAGAGGGUGCGCCGAUACGUCGAAUGUUGUUGAACCCAGUCUGGGACGGGAAAAUAAAAAAAAUCAUGUUUCGGGUGCGAUUUCCUUGAGUUUUCGCGAUUUAAAAACCAUGUCAAAUCGCUAAUCAGUCGGAGGAGUUUAAUUUAAGGCCUGAUGUAAGGCAAACUUCGAUAUCGCGACUCGGCCGGAAUCGAUUUGGAAAGUGAACGGGUGGACUUUAUUAAGCAAAAUGGCGCAUCAAAUGCCCCCUUCAGUGAACUGUUCUUUGGAUGAUAUUGACUUAACAGCUUUGAAGGAUCCAGCCGGUAUUUUCGAGCUUAUUGAAGUGGUUGGAAAUGGUACCUACGGGCAAGUCUACAAGGGUCGUCACACGAAAACCGGUCAAUUGGCCGCCAUCAAAGUGAUGGACGUCACCGAGGACGAAGAAGAAGAAAUCAAAUUGGAAAUCAACGUACUGAAGAAAUUUUCGAAUCAUCGUAAUAUUGCCACGUAUUAUGGGGCUUUCAUUAAAAAGUCACCGCCAGGUAAAGAUGAUCAACUAUGGUUGGUCAUGGAAUAUUGCGGAGCCGGUUCAGUGACGGACCUAGUAAAAUCGACCAAAGGCCAAUCGUUGAAAGAGGAAUGGAUCGCGUACAUUUGUCGUGAAAUUCUCAGAGGUCUUUCCUAUUUGCAUUCGAACAAAGUCAUCCACCGUGACAUCAAAGGGCAAAACGUGCUGUUGACCGACAAUGCCGAAGUAAAACUGGUCGAUUUCGGGGUGUCGGCUCAACUAGACCGAACCAUCGGUCGUCGUAACACUUUUAUCGGUACCCCUUAUUGGAUGGCACCUGAGGUAAUCGCUUGUGAUGAAAACCCCGAAGCGACUUACGAUAAUCGUAGCGAUUUGUGGUCGCUCGGGAUUACGGCGCUUGAAAUGGCCGAGUCGCAACCGCCUUUGUGCGAACUGCACCCGAUGAGGGCGCUGUUUUUGAUACCGCGCAACCCGCCACCUCGGUUAAAGAGCAAAAAGUGGAACAAAAAGUUUCACGGCUUUAUUGAAACUGUUUUGGUUAAGGAUUAUCACGAGCGGCCUUAUACGGAACAACUAUUGAAACACGCAUUUAUUAAAGACCAACCGACCGAAAGGCAAGUGAGGAUACAACUAAAAGAUCACAUAGACAGGUGUAAAAAGAGGAAGCAGGAAAAAGAGCGCGACGAUUAUCGUUAUUCUGGUUCGGAAAACGAGGAAGAAGAGCCUCAGGUGGCUGGAGAGCCGAGCAGUAUAAUCCAGGCACCUGGAGGGGACACUCUCAGGCGGAAUUUCCAACAGAUUCAGGAAGGCAGGACUUUAGUCGAACCACCACCCAGAAGCGGCAAAAACAAGGACCGCGAAGAAAUUCCGGAACCGGGACCGCCCGCUCGGCCGCCCAUCCCGCAACGCAUCAUCGUCGUGCCGGACCCGGCGGCGCCGCCCAGACGCCCGCUGCCGCCGCCGCCCGACAACAAUUUCGCGCCCGCCGCUCCCCGGUCGCAACCGCAACAACCGCAAAGGAAUUCGCAGUCGCAGCACAUGUUUAAACCUAUGGAACUCGAUUCUUUGGCCGCUCACUUAAAUGAAUUGGGCAUGCAACAACCUGCUUCAAAUAAUGGCGCCGCUCAACCGGAAGCGCCCCCUAGAAACAAUAGAAAUAAUUCGCGUUCGCAGGCUUCAAAUAACAACAAUAACGUGUCACCUCCAAGUACAUCAGCCAAUGACAGGCCAAUUGAAGCAUUGGUCGAUAGUGAAAGUGACUCAGAGCCUGAAGAUGGCGGUAGGGGUGCUAGAAAUGAUGGGACGUUAUUGGCCAGCGAUCCACCUAAGCCUCUGGCCGGACUGCCUGGAGUACCUGAAGGUACUGCCAGCGUAUCGAGUCCAGGAGCCACCAGUGGCUCAAGUACUGGAGGUGCACCAAACAGGCCUUUGCCUCCUACUCCUGACGACGACGAAUCUCAAGGCGACCGUACUUUAGUCUUAAGAAAGCAGUCUGCGGCAAAUCCGAAAAACAAACGCCAUCACGAAGAUGUCGACGAAGCCACGCUACUUAAAGAUUGGGAUUUUGACAAGUUUUUCCCCAUUGUAAACAAACAGCAGGCUGACAAACCUAAAAAUCUACCAAAAACUAAUAGUCUUAAUAAGGGACACAAAAGAACAGAUAGUGACUCGAAGGUGCAGCCGUUUUUCCGCGGGUUUAGACGGGAAAACUCUGACUUUUUCCCGCUGAGCUCGCGUCACAGCGCCAUCUAUAUCGAUCAGCAGAAAGCGGCCAGGUCAAGCGGCAUCUUCAACAAUCGGCGCGGCUCCGAAGCGGGCAUCGGCAAAAAAACGGCAGGCGAGCCGAUUCUUAUGGACUGGAAACAGCGCAACUCUGAUGGACCGACAAUCGUGGCGUCUACGCCCAAAAAAACUAGCGACGUUACCAGUCGUACCCCCACGACGUCUCAGUCAUCGUUGAAACAAACGAUCCGUAACAGUCUGAUGCGACCCCGACGCGAAAAAACCGAAUCCGAUAUCGUGCUGCGACACUCGGAGGCGCGGCGCAGCAUCCGGGAAACGUUGGAGGCGCGCAGGCGCGAAGUGGAGGUUCAGUUCGCGCAGGAGGCGGCCGAUAUGCGCAGGCGCAACUCGAAACCGAUCGAAAUACUGAACGCGUCGCAGUCCAUCGACGGCGACGAGUUUUCCUUUAUCGCUCAGAACGGACGGAGUAGCGAACAUUCGAGACAGAGCAGCGUCCUGCCCGAUUUGCUCAGUCAGGCCAGCGGCAGCCCCGGGACGCCUUCGUCCAGGGACAAGUCGCAAAGCGAAGAGAAGCAGCGCUCGUUUUUGGCCUUCGGUUUCGGCGCCAGCUCGCAACCGUCUCGCCGGGAAUCGCACGUCAACGUCAACGUCACUCCGACUUCGCACGACAUUUCGUCUGACACUCCGGAAAUACGCAAAUACAAGAAACGUUUCAAUAGCGAAAUUUUGUGCGCCGCCUUAUGGGGUGUCAAUUUGCUUAUUGGUACCGAGCAUGGAUUGAUGCUUUUGGAUAGGAGCGGACAGGGCAAAGUCUACCAGCUAAUAUCCAGAAGAAGGUUUCAGCAAAUGGAGGUGCUCGAAGGCCAAAACAUUCUAGUGACAAUUUCAGGCAAGAAGAAUAGGGUUAGGGUCUACUAUUUGAGCUGGCUUAAGAGCAAAAUUUUGCGAACUGACGGUGUCAGUGAUCAAGUGGAACGUCGAAACGGCUGGAUAAACGUGGGCGAUCUUCAAGGAGCCGUACAUUUUAAAAUCGUCAAAUACGAACGCAUCAAAUUCCUGGUCAUAGCUCUCAGAGACUCCAUAGAAAUUUAUGCGUGGGCCCCAAAACCGUAUCACAAAUUUAUGGCUUUUAAGUCGUUUUGUGAUUUGACGUUUCGGCCAUUGCUAGUCGAUUUGACAGUCGAAGAGGGCACCAGAUUAAAGGUGAUUUAUGGCAGUUCAGAUGGAUUCCAUGCAGUUGAUUUAGAUUCGGCCAGCGUCUAUGAUAUUUAUUUGCCCAAACAUACUCAAAACGGUAUCACUCCACACUGUAUAGUAACUUUGCCCAAUAGCAACGGCAUGCAACUGUUAUUAUGCUACGAUAACGAAGGUGUUUACGUCAACACUUACGGUAGAGUUUCAAAAAAUAUGCUACUCCAGUGGGGCGAAAUGCCUACAUCAGUGGCGUACAUAGGCACUGGUCAAAUAAUGGGCUGGGGCAACAAGGCCAUUGAGAUUCGGUCAGUGGAGUCGGGGCACCUGGACGGGGUUUUCAUGCACAAGAAGGCGCAACGACUGAAAUUUUUGUGCGAGCGCAACGACAAGGUUUUCUUUUCGAGCGCCAAAAGUGGCUCGUCGUGCCAGAUCUACUUUAUGACCUUGAAUAAACCUGGCAUGGCGAACUGGUAAUAAUAGUGUGAUGAUUUAUUUAAGAGUGUAAUUUUUUUGGUUUUUCGAAUAUUCAAUGGCACGUCUAUGGUUAUGUAGCUCCUCCCAUAUAAUCUAAUAAGGGCGGAGCCUUCAUAGACGUACCAUAAUUUAAAACAAAAUGUUGGAUGAGUAUUAUAUUGGUGCUAAAAUAUUUUGUGUUAUUUUUUUUGGCAGUAACCGAAUAAAUUUAAAAGUACAAAAAAAAACUACUUGAACUAGAAAUCAAACUCUGUUGCAUUUAUUAACCUAUAUAAGUCAUCUAUCUAUAUACAGGGUGGUCACCUGUAAAUUUCCUUGUUUGGUGCCAACAAAACGCUCACUAAAAUGAUGAUGAAUCUGUUGUUGUUUUGUAGAUAGAUAUAAGGAUGGAUUUUGUUUUUUGUAUAUAUAGGUAUAUAGGUACGGUAAACACACACUGGACACUUUUUGCAUUAAUAUUCCUCCUAGCACUAUAAGAUUGUGGGAAUUUAUCGAAAUUCUCUUCUUUUUUUUUUUUUGUAUUUUUAUUUUUUUAGACAUCAGUCAUAGGAUUUUAUACUAAACUUUAAAUUUUAGUAAAAUUUUAUAAUAAUAAAUAAAUAAAUAAAUACCCCCCAUGUAUAAUGUAUAUGUUUAUGUUGCAACAGUGUAAUUAAUUCCUUCAAUGUGAAUGUUUGACAUCUGUCAUAGCUGUCAAAGAAAUCCACUAGGAAUUAUACUUUUUUUUGUGCAAUUUGAGACUGUUUCAAUUUUUUUUUGCAGAAUAUGUAGCAUUAUCACUUCUUAUCAAUAAUAAUUGUUUUUGUGAAAUAGUCUUGAUCCCCUUAUAUUAUUAUUAUUCUUCUCUCUUUUUUACUUUAGUUCCAAAGAGAUGUUAUUAAGUGUGAUUUUUUUUUUUUUUUUAAUUAUAGAAAAUAAACUAUUAUACGGAUAUCAUUUUAUUAUUAUUAUUCAGAUAUAAAAGUUAUAUUAUCAAAUUUUUGUGUUUUAUUUAUAAAGGCGUUGAUUGGUUCAAAUUGCAAAU